AUGUUUGUUCCAAAAAAAAAAGUAGAAAAGAAGACAAAAUCAAUUGUACCUUGUUCAGCAUUAACACGGCAAUUAUUUAAUCAUACGGAUAAUAAGAACUAUGAAGAAGAAUUCGCAAUUCCAUUAUGGGAAUAUAAUAACGAAAGAUAUACAUGGUCACAAAAACCACAUUAUCAAAAUAAAUCAACAAGUCAUUGGAAGAAUUUUCGAGUUCUUACAUAUAAUAUUUGGUUUUCAAAAAAUUAUCAACCAAUGCGUUUUAACAGUCUUUGUGGCAUAUUAAAUAAAUCCGAAGCACAAAUAAUCGGUUUACAAGAAAUGGCAAAAAAUAUUCUCAAACAACUUUUGACACAACUAUUUGUUCAAGAACGAUAUUAUAUAUCCGAUGUUGAUGGUCAUACAUUCAAUAGUUCAUAUGGUGUUGUCUUAUUAAUCGACAAUCGUCUUAAUAUUUCUAAUUUAAAUUUAAUUGAUUUUCCACAGUCAAUAAUGGGUCGUCGUUUAAUAUUUGCAGAAAUUAAAUUAGAUCAAAAUGAAAUACUUCGUAUUGAUAUUUGUCGAAAAGUACUAACUCGUUCUCCAAGUAGUUGCAUUUUGAUGGGAGAUUUUAAUUUUUCUGCAGAUGAUCAAGAAAAUACCGAUCAAUUUAAUAGGCUACCGCAAUGGAUUGAUGUUUGGACUUCCUUAAUGAAUUCUCAUAAUCAUGGUUUCACAUUUGAUACAGAAACAAAUUUUACGAUAAAUCUUCAUCAUAAAAUGCCAAAACAAGCAAGAUAUGAUCGAAUUAUUUUACACAGUCAAACGAUUAUUCCUAUUCAAAUUCAAAUUUUAGGAAAUCAACCUAUCGCUAGUCAAGAACAAUUUCAAAUUUUUCCAUCAGAUCAUUUUGGUUUGACAGCAGUUUUUCAAAAGAAAAAAAAAUAA